GCGGGGGGCUUAGUGGACUCCGCCAGUUCUGUGAAGAAGAACACGAACUGCGGCUAUUCUCCGCGGGUGAAAAUGGGGGAGGCGCUUGCUACGGCAUUUUCAGAGUCGAAUGGGUGGGAUCGCAUUAGUGUAGACGAAGCGUAUAAAAGGCUGCCGCUUCUAUACUUCUCUCUGAUGCUGAUUUGGUCACUUUCCUUCUGUUCGUGGACCUUCAACACUUUCAGAACCCGCCAUUUUCAGAUGAAUAAAUUGCAGUGGACAUUAGCUUCCAUUCCACUGAUCAAAGCUUUACAACAUAUGCUAUGCUUCCUCUUCUGGUCUUCAUGCUAUUACGCGCAUGUAUGCUCGUUAUGGAUAUCUUUUGGAGUGUAUAUGACCGGAGUCCUUUCUCAGACGGUUACUUUUGUUGUGUUCUUAAUUAUCUCCUACGGAUAUUGUAUCACAUGUGAGAGUCUUUCCCUGUAUGAGCGCCGGACUGCUGCUGCUCUCGGCUGUGUCUUCUACUUAACUCUUAUUGGUCACAGAGCUUCCAUACCUUAUUUCUCAGUGUUCCUGACCCUCGACUAUUCCAUAUUGUUCUAUGUGAUAUUCAGUCAUAUAUCUCAGAACUUGUUACUAUUGAGAGAACAAUUGGCUUUUAUUGAAAAUGAGGAUGUCCCCCAUAUGCAUGAUGCAAUCUACAUGAAGUAUACCAUGCUCAAGAAAUUUCAAGGGGUGAUGCACAUUGUGGCUGUUGCAGAACUUGCGGUAUUGAUGAAAAUGCAUUUCUAUCUAAGUGUGGCAGUAGAAAGGGGAGUUUUAUGUCUUUUUACAGUAAGGGGGCUUUUUAACUUUCCAGAUAUUCAUAAACAUAGAGAAUUCGGUGGAUUCCUACUGGCUUCGAAUGUUGAUUCGUGAAUGUGCACACUUCUCUAUCCUUUUGUUCAUUGGGUAUGUUGAAUCUAACCCCUCCACAGAGUACACUCACUAGCAGCUCUAUGCCCUGUCAUGACUAUAUGUUAAUAACUACGCCAAACAAAUUCAGUAUAUCUACUCAAGAAUGGGGUUUGGGCGAGGCAAGGUGUAUGCAAAUCUUACCUGUACUCCAAAGAAAUGGAUAUGCUGUUU